CGGAGGGAACGGCCCCCGCCCCGCCUGCAGGGGCGGCCCGCGCCGCAGCCCCUCCUCGGGGGAGGUCGGCUGCAUGGGCAGGCGCGGCGGGGCACCGCGGCGGUGGCUCUGCCGGCAGAGCCGCUGCUGAGCGCCAGUUUAGAUCACUGCUGAUUUGAUCCUCUGGAAUCUGCAAGGGAGAAGUCUGCCAGCCUCUGUGAAUAGCUCUGCAGUGUAACAGGAGUGGAGUUCCCAAGCAGAAUUGCUGAGAGCUAUGUGAACGGGUGUAAGCAAAACUGAGCACAUCGGGAUUUCUGCCUCAGCCCUGGGCUUGUGUGUGUGUGUGGGGUGAACACCCUCUGGCACCUGGAGAUGAUGUCGGUCGAAGGGUCUACAAUAACAAGUCGGAUCAAAAAUCUGCUUCGCUCCCCUUCCAUUAAGCUGAGGAGGAGCAAGCCUGGGAACAAGCGUGAAGACAUAGGCAGCAAGGUGACUUUGGAGAAGGUGUUGGGGAUAACUGUGUCGGGAGGCAGAGGACUAGCCUGCGACCCCAAAACCGGCCUCGUUGCUUAUCCAGCAGGGUGUGUCGUUGUGCUGUUCAACCCUAGGAAAAAUAAGCAACACCAUAUUCUAAACAGUUCCAGGAAAACAAUUACAGCACUUGCUUUCUCUCCAGAUGGAAAAUACUUGGUUACAGGAGAGAGUGGACACAUGCCAGCGGUUCGGGUAUGGGAUGUGGCCGAGCGAACCCAGGUGGCUGAGCUCCAGGAGCACAAGUAUGGUGUGGCCUGUGUGGCCUUCUCCCCCAGCUCCAAGUACAUCGUUUCAGUGGGGUACCAGCAUGACAUGAUUGUCAAUGUGUGGUCAUGGAAGAAAAACAUCGUAGUGGCAGCCAACAAAGUCUCAAGUAAAGUGACGGCUGUGUCAUUCUCAGAGGACUGCAGUUACUUUGUCACUGCUGGAAAUCGGCACAUCAAGUUCUGGUACCUGGAUGACAGCAAAACCUCUAAGGUCAAUGCCACAGUCCCCUUGCUAGGUCGCUCGGGAUUGCUUGGAGAACUGAGGAACAACUUCUUCACGGAUGUGGCUUGUGGAAAAGGCAAAAAAGCUGACAGUACCUUCUGCAUCACAUCCUCAGGCCUGCUCUGUGAAUUCAAUGAAAAAAGGCUGCUGGACAAGUGGGUGGAGCUGAGGAAUACAGACAGCUUCACAACCACUGUGGCAAACUGCAUCUCUGUGAACCAUGACUACAUCUUCUGUGGCUGCGCUGAUGGCACCGUGAGGAUCUUUAACCCUCUGAACCUUCACUUUGUCACCACACUGCCGAAGCCGCACUGCCUGGGAACAGACAUCGCGAGUGUGACUGAGGCCAGUCGUCUUUUCUCUGGUAUGGCUGAUGCGAAGUAUCCAGACACGAUUGCCUUGACUUUUGACCCCACCAACCAGUGGCUUUCCUGUGUAUACAACGACCACAGCCUGUAUGUGUGGGAUGUCAAAGACCCGAAAAAAGUGGGCAAGGUGUACUCUGCUUUGUAUCACUCUUCCUGCGUGUGGAACAUUGAGAUGUAUCCGGAGGUGAAGGACAGCAAUCAGUCAUGCCUUCCCCCUGGUUCCUUCAUCACCUGCUCCUCUGACAACACCAUUCGUCUGUGGAACACUGAGAGCUCCAACAUUCAUGGCACAGCUCUGCACCGCAACAUCCUCAGCAAUGACUUGAUGAAAAUCAUCUAUGUAGAUGACAACACUCAGGUACUUCUGGACACUGAUUACAACUCAGCAGGAAGUGCAGACAAAGCUGAUGCACAAGUGAUGGAUACGAAGGUGGGGAUACGCACUGUCUGUGUGAGUCCCAGUGGGGAGCAUCUGGCCUCGGGGGACAGGAUAGGCACUCUCAGGAUAUAUGAGUUGCAGUCUCUGAGGGAAAUGCUGAAGGUGGAAGCCCAUGACUCUGAGAUUCUGUGUCUGGAGUACUCCAAACCUGACACAGGCUUAAAGCUCUUAGCCUCAGCCAGUCGGGAUAGAUUGAUUCAUGUCUUGGAUGCUGGAAAGGACUACAGCCUGCAGCAGACCCUGGAUGAACAUUCUUCUUCCAUCACUGCUGUCAAGUUUGCAGCCAAUGAUGGGAAGGUGCGAAUGAUAAGCUGUGGGGCAGACAAGAGCAUCUAUUUCCGCACUGCACAGAAGACAGGAGAAGGGGUUCAGUUUACCCGAACACAUCACAUUGUUAGGAAGACCACUCUGUAUGACAUGGAUGUGGACCCCAGCUGGAAAUAUGCAGCUAUUGGAUGCCAGGAUCGUAACAUCAGGGUUUUCAAUAUAAGCAGUGGGAAGCAGAAGAAGCUUUACAAGGGAUCCCAAGGUGAAGAUGGCACCCUCAUCAAAGUGCAAACAGAUCCUUCUGGUCUUUACAUUGCAACUAGUUGUUCUGACAAGAACCUCUCCAUCUUUGAUUUCUAUUCUGGCGAGUGUGUUGCAACCAUGUAUGGACAUUCAGAGAUUGUAACUGGGAUGAAAUUCAGUAAUGACUGCAAACAUCUGAUCUCUGUUUCUGGUGACAGCUGUAUUUUCAUCUGGCGUCUGAGCUCAGAGAUGACCAUCAACAUGCGGCAGCGACUGUCUGACAUGAAGCAAAGAGGGAAGCAGGCAGAAAAGUCUCCUCCGCACAAGACUGCUGGACUCAUGAGGCGUGAGUCCAUCUCUGCCCUGUCCUCUGCGCCUGCACUCUCAUCAGACAGCGACAAGGAUGGUGAAGAUGAAGGGAAUGAUGAAGAUGAGCUGCGUGGGCUGCAGUCAUUCCAUAUUCAGUCCAGCUGCAACACUGACAGAGACUCAGAUCCAGACCUUACCCUUUCAAGAAGCCUUUCCCACUGGGAAAUGAGGAGGGCCAAAGAGAUAGCAGCUAUCCAGCGCUCAGAGGCACCGAUGAGCAACAUACCUCGGCAGCGUGGGCGCUGGUCCCAACCAACCAGCAACAUAGAGAUGACUGUGAAAUCCAUGCUUGACUUGCGUCAGUUGGAGUCUUUCUCUGUUUCCCGUUCUCCAAGUCGAGACUCACUGUCUCAGAACAGCAAUGGGGAUGACAAAGAAGAGCAGGCGGAUCUUCCUGUGCACAUCAACAAAGUUGGCAGCUCGGUACCUCCCCAAGAUAACCAGUCUUGUGUGCGACCCCAAAUGAUUCGGCUUGUGUCUUGUGAGGAGGGGAUUUUCUCUCAGGAACUGGAACCUUCUGAGAGUGAGGAAUGUGUAAUCUACCCUGACCAAGAUGAAAUCCAUCCCACAGACCCUAGCAGUGAGUUCCAGGUAAAAGCACUGCCCCACGGGAAGCUAAAUAGAGGUUAUCACAGUAAUGGAUGCCCAGACAAACACAGUCCUGACAGUGCCUGCUCUGUAGAUUACAGCAGCAGUCGUCUGUCCAGCCCAGACCAUCCAAAUGAAGAUUCUGAAAGCACUGAGCCACUCAGUGUGGAUGGCAUCUCAGACCUGGAAGGAGAGGAAGGAGAGGAGGAUGUGGCUACUAGUGUGCCGGAGGGAGAAAUCCCCCAGAUACAUGAUCAGGAAAAAUUCCUCAAGGAGCAUUUUGGGAGCCUGGGCAGCACUGAUGGAAAAGGUGGCUCAUGUAGGAAUCUGGAAGGAAGUGAAAACCUCAGCAUAUCUUCUCGCUUUCUUUCCCAGUCCCCGGCUCUCAGACGAUUGUCACUCUCUUCGUCAAAUCUGAUACUGGAUUCAAAGCCCAUCGAGCUGCCAACCCAGACCAGUCAUUUUACACCAGAUCUCUUGAAAAAUGGCAGCAGCCAGCCUGGUGAUGCUUUGGAGAACAACCAGCUGCUGGAGGGUGUAAAUUCAAAUCAGGCUCCUCAUGUCCAGAAAAAACGGAGGUCAGCUCUGGAGGCCAGCAGAGUUGGUAUGGCUCCUGGACGGGUUAUUGCAUCCUUCCCAGAAGGCCCUGUGAAUGCAGUGAUGAGAAAGGCACAGUCAGUUCAUGACCUCGUUCAUGAGGAUAAGGGUCCUGGAGUGAUAUCCUCUGCCAAGCAGCGUCCUCAGACUCUUGUGGAGGUUGAGAAGGAUCCCAGACCUAACAAUUGCAGGGUGUUAUCAGCCAGUAUGUUGAAGAUGGAUGGAUCUGGUGCUCUGCUGGCCAAAGAUGUCAGGGCUGCAAAACCCAAGUCCUACAUGAACCCCACAACCAGCUUCCGGGCUAAGAUGUCAAGGAGCAUAUCCGUAGGGGAAAAUCUGUACCUUGGUUACUCCUCUGAAGUGCUGGCAGAUGGGAGGACUAGCCCUCCAGUGGCAGAGAAGACACAGCUUAGUUCCACAGCAGAUGCUGAGAAGAUGAAGGCACCAGUGAAAGAAAAUGUUCCAGUGAAGCCAGCACUUCAGCCAGUUGUAAACUGCUCAUCUCCCAAGUCCUUCCACAGCAAGUUGGCAUCAUCAAACCGAGCACAUCUGAUUCUUGACAUUCCCAAGCCAUUGCCUGAUAGACCCACCCUGGCCUCCUUCUCACCCACUACUAAAACAAAAACCGUGCUGGAGCCACAGUCUCCACAGUCACCUGCUGGGGCCUGUAAAAAGAAACCCUCUUUUCCUGAGGUCCGAGCCUCCAAGAAAGAGAAUCUAACUGCUGGGUCUCUGGUUCCUGGUAGAGAGGUUUCAACAGGACCUACUAAGGAGAGCCCAGUGGAGAGCCCAGUCUCAAGGAUGGGUUGCCAGGAUGAGCCAGGGGUCACUAGUCCAAAACUGUCAGAGAGCCAGCAACCAAAAUCUCCUGAGGGCGCACUGCCCAGGAGCAGGGAGCGGAUCACCGGCAUCGCCUGUGUGCUGGACACCCAGCCUGGACUGUGCCCACUAGACCCCAUCAGGCCGAGGUCUCCUACAGCUAUAACUGCCUUGGCACAGGUCUCAGGUGUGCAUGGAUACCCAUCUCUUAUCUUCCCCCUUCUGUCUCCUGUCUUUGUGAACCGCCUCACGAUCCCAUCACAUUUCUUUACGUCCAGCUUCUGGCCUGUCUCGUCCUGUCUGCACCUGUCUCGUUCCAUAAGCCAUACCCUCAAUGGAUCAUGCAUCAGUGUAGAGCAGUGUGAGCACAUGGUAUCCGAGCUCCAGGACAGCAUGCGCAAAGCCAUUCAUCUUUACCGCAUGGUGUUAAAUGAUACAGAGUCUUCUACUGACAAAGAUAAAAUAGCAGGCCUCCUGACAGAAACAUUCUCCUCAAUGAAGAAAGAACUGGACUCUCUGAAGGAAGAGGAAAAGCUUCCAAAGGUUAAGGAGGUACUGACAAAGCCACAAGAUACCACUGCUCCAUCAAAUGAGGGAUGUGGUGCCAAUCUACCAAGUCCCAAGAGUUUGGGGGAUCAGCAGACACUAGCUCUGCUGGAACAGUACUCAGAGCUGUUGCUACAAGCUGUGGAACGACGCAUGGACAAAAAACUCUAAGAGGGGUGGCUUUCAGGUGUUUGUGAAUACACAGAGAUAAUCCCAAGAAGAGGACCACAGAGAGAGCUUCAGACUGAUGCUAUCAUCACACUGCUCUAGGGCUGGUGGAGAGACCUUUAGAAAUUGAUUUCCUCAAGCCCCUACAACUGACUUGCUCUAAUUCUUAGCAAUGUGCUGGCCACGAUUUUGAUACUUUUUUUCUCCCAAUGGUCUUCAGCUUCCUGUCUCUAGACAAAAUCUUGAAAGAGGAGUUUGGAGAAAUUGCCUUGAGAUUUCUUCAUAGCCAGGAGGUCAGGAUUGGGUGGCACCUAAGGAAAAAGGGCCACACAAGCUAUCCAAGAAAUUCUGAACUGCUGACUAAACACAAAGGAGUCCAGUUUAAGCCAAUCCCUUCUCCAGGGCUUCAUGAGAAUCAAGAAGCAGCCUUUUAAUGAGUUUAUUUAUUAAUUUAUUUUUCUGACUGUUGCUCUGUGUCACAUUUGUGGCCGUUAUCUUUGUCCUUUAACAAAAACUGUCAAUCCCUUUCCCAUAUCCCAGCGAGAAACAAUCUCUGUAUUAUAAACCCCCAACAGGGAGACAGGCUGGAGUGUCUGUGCAAUUAAUGAACUGUUUUCUGCUUAAAUCUUGUCUUGCUGUUCUUUCUUUUCCUGCCUCAAUUUUGUUAUCUAGAGUAAUCCUCCUGUUGUCAUAACGACCCUGUCUGCUUUUCUCUUGUUUCAAGGCAGUCCCCACACUGUAUUUUAUCUGCAUUCACCUCUGGGGGAAGGUUCUGCAACCCUUGGACCAUGCUUUGGAGAUUCAUUGAUGAAUUCAGUAGUGAUAUUUUUAAUCUGGAAUUUAGCAUUAUGUUGAUGCUUCAUGACUGGGUUUUCUGCAGCCAUUUUAAAACCAGGAUUUGGAUACAAUUAUGGACAUUUGUUUCAGCCACUUUUCAUGAAUAGGAAUUGGAUAUUGACUUUGUUGUAACUGGGAAAUUUGAGCUGAUGAUUUAUUUAUUGAGAAGUGACAUGGAAAAGCUGGUUUCCAUCUCUUACAGUGUUAACUCUGGAUUUGAGGUAUCUUCAGUGCAGCGGCUCAUCCAUGGCAUUUGUUCAUUCUACUGUGACAGGAAAAUGGUGUUUUUCUUGCUUUUCUAGGAAAACAGACUAUUUCCAUCCCAAGAUCUUUUGUUAAAGCUAUUUCAACUACCCACAGAGAAUAGUUUUGUGAGAACUUCAAACAAGAUAUUUUAGGAUGUGAUUACCACCAUUUCCCCAUUCCCCAGCCUCUUUGAUUUUCAUGAAUUCUUGGUCUGAGAAGUAGAAAAUCUUCCCUUCUUGCGUUUGUAUGUGCAAUACUCUUCUCAGCCUGUGGAGCUUCUUGAAGCCCAUGCUAACUUGUGUUUGUUCUGGUGUAAAACUGUCCAGUGAUGUGAGCUUUUUUAGGCAAUGAUAAACUAAGAAAAAACAAUUUGAAACCAAUGAAAUUCUUCAGCACCUUCCUCCUUAGCCCCACUCCUUUCCACAACAGGGUCAGAUACCCCAAAUUAUUUAUUUCUUCCUCCAUCUCCAGUCUGACUUGUAUUUAGCUUAAGGCAGUAAUCCAAGUUAAUAAAACUGAUCCCAGUUGAUAAAACUGAUGCAAGCAGCAAGCUUUCACAGGAGAGAGACUCCUAGCAUCUGUGGAAGUCACUGUGGAAGGCAGCCAGGCGGCAUCGCUUGGUUCCACAGAUUACAGGCUUGAAGCAGUUUUCUCUCAUUUUACUGUCCUGGCUGUCAUCUCUUUGAAACCCCGUGGCAUUUGGAAACGUGGUCUGUUGACUUCUCUGUCUUUCUGUGACCGGGGAUCUGCAGUGCUGCCCGUUUUAAUACGGGGCUGGCCAGGCCAGUGUAGGAUUCAGAAAAACUCCAGGGCUGGAUACUCUGCAGUUUUGAGAGCUUUCCAGCUCCUUCUGUCUGUAAGUUAAACUGCGUAAUCAUGUUUCAGGUGUCCUUGCUAAGUUUUUCUUCCAUGGGCUUGUACUGAACCUUUGAAAGUGUUGCUUUCUAGUUCUGUCUCAGCAUCGCUGUGUGCUGAAUCAGUUCAUGUGCUCAGUCCUGUAGGCAGCUUCUCUUGCACAGACAGGCUUUGCCAAGGAGAGCAAGUUGAAAAGCAGGGGAGAGAUUUCUGGCAGUUUCCUUGAGUGAGAAGGCGUGCUGAAGAUGCCACGAGUGGAAUGUACGGUGGCAGUCAUGUUGGGUCUGUGAUGGAGUUAGUAUGGGUUAAGCUUGCUUUUGAGGUGGUUAGUUCCUUCACUUUCAGACUGUGAACAUAUGUCCUAGUAUACAGGAAAUACUGGGGCCACAAGACACUCAGGUAAAAUAGCAGUCCCUUCAACCCAGGUAUCUUUUGGUACUGGUGAUGACGGUUUGAGGGUCUUUUAUAUUACUCCCUGUGCAAUUUUAUUCUAUUCUAUUAACCAUUGAGGUAGUGACAAAAAGGGUCAGAGAUGAUAUGGAAAAGCUAGUGGCAAGAAUGGAAUUCCCGUUAAGACAAAGAGCAACAACCAGUGACGAUGGCAUAGAGAUACGAAAUAAAGCUCCUUGGAAAUGAGUUUUGUGAAGCAAAUCUAGUUCUUAAGCUGAUCAGAGUGGGGUUUGCUUCCUGGAAUCAAUUUUGCUUGGGGUCAUAGCUGCAUAUGAGAAACCAGAGGUAAAAUGUGAUCAGAAUGAUGGCAAGAGAAGUGUUGGGCAAGUAGAUCAGCUGGAGGAGGUUGCGUAGUUUAAAAUAGAUUAGAAUAGUAGAUGUAGGAUACUCAGGAAAAUAGAGUAGAAAUAGAGAUGGUCUUGGCCUGAGGAACACCAUUUAGCCAAUACCUGUGAAAGAGAUAGUACAGAAAAGCUUCAGGAAAGUAGAUUUAGGAGUGAGGUGGUGAUCUGUAAUUGGAGAAUGAAUUGGAAGGGGUUUGUUUUUAAAUGUGUCCUGUUGGGCCUCUUGUUUCUUCAUUUGCUGUCCUCUAAGCAACUAGUUUUUCUUGAAUGGCAAAGUCAUGAGCUGUUCGGCUUGGAUGUUAUGAAUUUAGUAGUAGAAGUCCAGUAAAGGAGAUGCUGGUGCUAAUAAUAUGUGGUGAGGAGAUAAGUGUUGCUCUUUAUAUUUUGAGACAAAUCCAACUUAAUCUUCCCUGAUAGCUUCCUAUUGCUGGCAGUAGGAAGUACUCCUGAAAAUUCUAGUUUACAGAACAAAGAGAGCGUAAAUGUGUUACAUUUUGUUGCACCUUGUGAAUAUGUUUCACCACAGGCUGUCCAUUGGGCCAGGUAGAGAAAGACCGAGUGAUGAAACUGCCUGGGAAGUGAAGAGGCUUGUGGGAGGAGGU